AAGCGACGCGAGCCAAAUAAAAGGGCUGGAGGAGCCUGCAGCGAAUCCAACCCACCUCUCACAAAAUCUCUCUCUCACACAAGGCUCGGCCAAUCCCGAUCCCUCCCUCCCCGUCCCGCCACUCCACCGCCAGCGCCAGCAUGAUCUCCCCGCGCCCCGCGAUGUCGCCCAGCUUCCUCGCCUUCCGGCCGGGCUCCCCGGCCGCGUCCCCGCCACCCUCCCCGCGCCUCAACGGGCCGCCGCCCCUCUCCGCGUCCUUCUCCGCCUCCACGGCCGUCACCGCCCCGGACCACGCGGCGGCCGCCAGCUCCUCCUUCUACGACGUCCUCGGCCUCCGCCCGGGCGCCAGCCCGCGCGAGAUCAAAACCGCGUACCGCCGCCUGGCGCUCGCCGUCCACCCGGACGCCGCCCCACACCCGGCCUCCUCCUCCGCCGAGGACUUCAUCCGCGUCCACGCCGCCUACUCCACGCUCUCCGACCCCGACAAGCGCGCCGACUACGACCGCCGCCUCCUCCUCUCCGCCGGGCGCCGCCGCGCGCACCCGGCGGCGCUCGGCCGCUCGCCCUCCUUCCCGGCGCGCCGCUCCCGCCGCACCUGGGAGACCGACCAGUGCUGGUGACAGCGUAAAGAUCUUCCGCACCUGCGGCUGUGGCGGCCCCUCGCUGUCCCCGUCGGGCCGCGGAACCUUCCCAUUUGAAUGGAGCCUUCCCAGAAGAAUAGUGGUAUAGCCUCGCGCGCCGUCGCCGGCGACAUGUAAAAACGUAUGGUGUGUGACGUCCCCCUUUUUGGAUUGUGGAUGUGUAUGUGUGACUUUGGCCUGGUGUUGUGAUAGGAUCUAGGUCACCUUACCUUAAUCUACGCUGGAGAUAAGGCUGAUGGCUGCAGCAACAAUGCAAUCCAGGUUUGAGAAGAAAGCGACUUGUUCUGUCUCGUUGCAUACUACUCUUCUUCAGUUCUUCUUGGGUGUUUGUGCACGACUGGUCGUGGUGGGGGAAAUGAGCAAUCUGUCAGUGUCUCUGCAUACUCUUCUCGCGUGGGCAGUGCAGACGUGUUGCGCAGCUUGUGGGCUCUGAAUGCUUCCAAUGGCACAAUUGCUUGUUUUUUCCUCGAGGGAAAGGGUCGGGAUCCAUCUUCCAAAGUCGCCCCACGAGCGACGCAAAUUGUAUUAAACCCUGAUCAAAUAUUCAGCAAAAAUAUUUGAUUC